GCCAGGCUCGGCGUUCAAGGGGCCGGAACGACGACUACACACCCACCGCAGAACUGGUGCAGCGGCCGUUUCGGAGGGCUUCUUAACAGAUCCAAGGGGCCUGCGAGCAAAGAUGCCGUCCCCAGGGCGCAUAUCCCUCUUGGCACUGCUCUUCCAGACCAGCUGCGCGCUCGCGCCGCAACGCCCGUCGACGCGCCUCCACGCCGCGCCCCUCGCCGACCAACUGGAGGCGAAGGCCGAAUCCCUAAAAUGCCCGUUCUUCCGCCGCCGCUUCCUCGACGCCGCCGACGCCGCGCGCCAGUCGACGGCAUGGCUCGCGGCGCGGCACAAGUCCAUCCUCGGUUUCAUGUACACUUCUACUGUGGAAGCGCCCACUCACGUUUGGACGAGGGAAGAGACGCUCUCGGCAAUAAAACAGGAUUUUAUGAACCGCUAUUACGUGACCGGCCGACUCAGCUUGGACCACUACCACCCGCGCUGCUUUUUUGAUAGUCCGGACCCGGACAUGCCCGUGCGGUCGCCGGAAGUGUUUGCUUCCGCGCUGAAGGGCUUGUUUGAUCGGCGGAGCUCGUCGCUCGAGUUGCUCGAGGAGCCGCGCCUGGUCGGGGAUGAUAUUGUGGCGGAGUGGCGGCUUGCUGGGCGAUUAGGGCUGCCGUGGAAGCCAUCCAUAAAGCCGUUCGUCGGCCGGACGACGUUUACGCUCGAUGAAAAUGGAUUAGUGACGCGGCACGUGGAGGAGUGGUCGCUGCCGGCCUGGGAUGCUUUUCUUGCCGCUCUUGUGCCGUCGUUGCACCUGGGGGCGGCGCCGGCGCCGUCGAUUUCUGAACUGCUCGCAUCGCGCGACACGGAGGCGUCUUCAUUGAGGGAGCGGUGGCCCGCGCUUGUGCCUGCGCGAUAGCGUAUUGUGACUAACUAUCGUCGUUUG